AUGAAUCUCAACGGACUAUCCUGGCCUACCAAGCACCUUCACACGGCCACUAGAAACGGAUCAACAUGGGGCUAUGUCAUUUAUCGCACUACAUAUACUCCCCAUUCCAACGCCGCAUUCCUCCGAAUUAUCGAUCUUCUCAACUCCUACAUGAAACAUGGAUUAUACUCUGAAUGCGUCUCGGGAAACAAUACCUCAACCAAUACAGAUCUCAAUUCAUACCACGAGAUCUGGGCUCAGCACCGUUCAAUCAUCAUGAACCAUCCAAAAUUUGAAGGAGCAUCGAUGGACUCUAUUCGCGCUCAUUUCCGACGCUGGGUCGAUGUACAGGAGGAUCAAGGUCUCUCUACCCAAUAUAACAUGUGUAUGGUGAUCGAUGAAGAGUCUCUACAGACAUUGUUGGAUGCUCCGUCGCCCCAAGAGUGCUCCGAUGAAAAGGUCAUCGAUCCGAUGCGAUAUGUGAAAGUUAUACCACUGCUUCCGGAUAGCGAUGAUGAGUUUGAUGGAUUUAUGGGUGGAUAG